GCUUCUCAUAUACCGGAAGUGGUCGUUGUGUUGUUGCACCACUGAUGCUGUCAUGUGAUAGCUCGUCCGAGGAGCUGCUGUUGACAGUAGCUUCCUACCUUUAGAUGAAGCUAAAGUAAAACCAAGCAGGAGAAAAGUUUUAUGUUUGUUGUAAGAAGAAAAACACGGCUUGUUUCUGACGGAGAACAGAGAAGCCGGGGUUGUGUAGUUUCGCCCCUCGGACGCUGAAAUGGGUUGCUGUUACAGCAGCGAGAACGAGACCACAGAACAGGACCCUGAUGAACGCAAGCCGCUGAUCCCCCACCCAAACCCCGUCAGCAAGCCCCCAAAUGGGACAGACCGGUUCAAUACCAGUGUCCCCUCAGCGAGGACCGAUGAACAGGCCCUCCUUACAUCCAUCCUCACCAAGACGGCACAGAAUAUUAUUGAUGUCUCAGCAGCUGACUCUGUCAUGAUGGAGCAGCAUGAAUACAUGGACAAAGCUCGGCAAUACAGUACAAAGUUGGCUGUGUUGAGCAGCAGUCUGCCCCAGAAGAAAGCCCUCGCUCUCCCCUCCCUCACCAGCCAGCCCCACCAAGUGCUUGCGAGUGACCUGGUGCCAUACUCAGAUGUUCAGCAGGUGUCCAAGAUAGCAGCUUACGCUUACAGUGCAAUCUCUCAAAUCAAAGUGGAUGCUAAAGAGGAACUGGUGGUCCAGUUUGCCAUUCCCUGAUUCUGUGACCCUAGCCCGCAUAUUGUUCCUCCCAUCCCGCUCUCUCUGUGUCACUUCUGCAUCCUCACCCUCCAGCCCACCCUUUAUUAAAGCAUCAUGGUCCUUGUGCUUCUUAGCUAUGCCUCUAACUGCUAUAAAGACAGAGACGAUGUAGGAUUGCCCCCAUGGCUGUCCUUAAUUACUGUACUUAAUUAUAGGUCAGUGACAUAUUGUCCGCAUGGGAAAUGAAAGAUGGUCUACUGUACAUAGCCUUUGGGGUGUGCUCUCAUAUUUAAAACAAGAAGGUCUCCUCUGUACUUAAUGCGUGGAUCACAGACUUUGUCAGAACCAGCUGUGGAAUAAUCAUUCAUCCUUCUUGGUGGUCGCUUUAUAUUUUUUAAACGGUUUCAGGGCCGUCUUAGUAUCUUAUUCGGUUAGUUUUCCUAGCCUGUGUACUCAGUAACAUAAGUGCAAGUGCAAUGGUUGAGUAUUUUAGCCAUUUACCAGGAU